UGGAUCUGUUCAGUUCAUUUAUUUGCGGUGGGCUACGAAGAAGUCUGCCUUGGCAUUUGUUUAAAGCAGGAAGCGGACUGGAAGAUAUAGAGCAGACAGUCGAGUUUGUGGAGUCUGCUACGCAUCCUUCGUCUCUUUUUUUUUUUUUUGCUAUUACUGAGAGCAGUCGCUAGAGUUCAUAAUGCAUUUGCCGGUGCUCGUCAUUGCCUCCAUGCUCGCUGCGACUACGAUCGCCCUCGACAAUGGACUGAUGAAGACGCCUCCCAUGGGCUGGUUGGCAUGGGAGAGAUUCCGCUGUGACAUUGACUGUGACAACGAUCCCAAGAACUGCAUCAGCGAGAAGCUGUUCAUGGACAUGGCAGACAGACUGUCAGAGGACGGCUGGAGGGAACUCGGCUACGUCUACGUGAACAUUGACGACUGCUGGGCCUCCAAGACGAGAGACGAAAAGGGGCGGCUGCAGGCCGACCCUAAGAGGUUUCCAGGAGGAAUCAAAAAGCUUGCCCGCUACGUGCACGACAGAGGACUCAAGCUGGGCAUCUACGGGGACAUGGGCACAUACACCUGCAUGGGAUACCCUGGGACACCUUUGGACAAGAUCAAAAUAGACGCUCAGACAUUCGCUGACUGGGAUGUGGAUAUGUUAAAAUACGAUGGCUGUUACUCUAAUGAGACAGAACAGGAGAAGGGUUACCCUCUCAUGUCAAAAGCUUUAAAUGCUACCGGCCGUCCAAUCGCAUACUCAUGCAGCUGGCCUGCCUACCAGGGUGGCCUGCCACCAAAGGUAAAUUACACCGAGCUGGGCAUGAUCUGUAACCUGUGGCGAAACUACGGCGACAUCCAGGACUCUUGGGAUAGUGUGCAGAGCAUCAUUGACUGGGUCUUUAACAACCAGGAUGUCUUGGUACCUGCAGCGGCACCUGGAAUGUGGAACGACCCCGAUAUGCUGAUUGUUGGCGACUUUGGCCUCAGCAUGGACCAGUCUCGUGCUCAGAUGGCCCUUUGGGCAAUCAUGGCCGCUCCUCUGUUCGUGUCCAAUGACCUGCGCACCAUCAGCAGCGGCGCCCAGAACAUCCUCCAGAACAAACUGGCCAUCAGCAUCAACCAAGACCCCCUGGGCAUCCAGGGAAGACGUAUUGUUAAGGAGAAGUCCAGGAUUGAGGUGUACUUGCGGCCGCUGUCAAACAACGCCAGUGCUUUGGUAUUCUUUAGUCGUCGUACUGACAUGCCCUACCGCUACAAGACUUCCCUCGGCAAACUCAACUUCACCACAGGAAUCUACAAGAUCACCGACGUCUUCACUUACAAGACGGAAGUGCUGAAAGACUCCACUGACUUCGUGGUGUCGAUCAACCCUACGGGUGUGGUCAUGUGGUAUCUCUCUGCGCCUGCCAAACUGAACCCACGGCUGUUGUUUAACCACGACAAACAUCAGAGACCCGUGCAUCGCGAUGAUGAGAAAAAUGCCAUUCCACUCGUCUUCCUCUGACCACUCACUGAUUGAACUUCUUAUAAUCAGUUUUCUCGACAAUUCGGCAGGGUCUUCUAUAGAGGGGUUUGAUUUGAUUGAAGUGUGAUUGAAGUGUGAGUGUCAGAUGCUGAAAGGACUUGAUGUGCCUUAUCGAGGUAAUUAAAAGACUGUAAGCUCAGGGGCGGUCUUUUUGCAUUUUAAUUAUCCUUGUGGUUCUUUGUCAAAAUUUAUGUCUAACUGAAUCUGAUCGAGGCACAAGAGUUUCUGUUCUGCACAGGUCAUGGGAGAUGACGACUCCAGCUGAGAAACUGAUCUCAGAUCAGCUCCAUGACCCAGAAGUCUCCAAUGCUCUUGUUCCAAAAUGUCUUUUAAGGAGAAGGGAUAAUUUUAAAUUGGUCCAAAGCACAGUGAGGGUGAUAAAUGGCACUGCUGUAGUUACUAUGAAGUAUGUUGUAUGUUUUAAACUGGGCUUUAGUAACGGGUUGAUGUCUGGGUCUGUCAAAAACUGACAGCACUGCUUAGGAAUGCCAUUUUUAUACAAGAAAUCUAUGUAUAUAUAUAAUGUUGAUUAUGUGUUUUUCUACACUCAAAUAAAUAAUCAUAUUUGCUUUUCA